AUGGCGCCCUCCUUUGAUCAUUUGCGCGAGGCCGAUCUCGACGACGACGAGUUCAACGAGGAUGACAUCGACUUCUCCGAUCUCCGUGAACGCUUCGACGUUCAGCUUGAUAAGGGCUACGACACAUUUGUUGUGAUUGACGGUCUUCCCAUCGUUAAUGAAGAGCAAAAGCCCAAGCUUGUAAAGUUUCUGAUCAAGAAACUAAAUACUGUUGGAAGGGUCCGCGAGGAUUCCAUUUAUAUGCCUAUGGGUGACAAUGAAAAGUCCCUAGGAUUCGCUUUCGUCGAGUACUCGUCCGCCAGCGAGGCUGCUGCUGCCGUCCGCUCCCUCGACAUGGUUCCCCUCGAUAAGAAGCACACGCUGCGAAUCAACAAGAUUAGCGAUAUUGAACGAUAUGGCGCCGAGGGACGCAUCAAAGAAGAAUACGUUGCCCCCGAGAUUCCUCCCUUUCAGAAGCGUGAUCACCUCAAGUGGUGGCUCAAGGAUCCUGCUGGCCGCGGCCGCGACCAGUUCGUCAUGUACCGCGGUGACAACGUCGGCGUUUUCUGGAACAAUGAAAAGGACCAACCUGAGAGUGUUGUUGAGCGCCAGCACUGGACUGAGACCUUCCUACAGUGGUCGCCCAAGGGCAACUUCCUUACCUCGAUCCACGCCCGCGGUGUCCAGAUCUGGGGUGGUAACUCCUGGUCCAAACAGGGCCGCUUCCCCCAUCCUUUCGUCAACCUUGUCGCAUACUCGCCUACCGAAAAGUACCUUGUCACUUGGUCUAACCGCCCGAUUUCGGUGCCCGAGGAUGGCGGCGACGGUACCCUCUCUGCUGACGACGAGGGCAAGAACUAUGUCAUCUGGGACAUUGAGACCGAGAUGCCUAUUCGUUCCUUUGCUAACCUGGAGCCGCCCAAGUCCGAGGAAGGCAAGCCGCCACCCAAGCAACAGUGGCCCGCAUUCAAGUGGUCGGCCGACGACAAGUACGUCGCUCGUCUGAACCCCGGCCAGUCCAUCUCUGUGUACGAGCUCCCGCGCAUGAACCUCCUCGACAAGACCACUAUCAAGAUUGACAGCGUUGUUGACUUUGACUGGGCUCCGGCCACGGUUAAGCGCGACGGUGUCAAGACAUACGAGCAGUUGUUCUGCUUCUGGACUCCUGAAAUUGGCAGCAACCCCGCCAAGGUCAGCUUGAUAAGCAUUCCUUCCAAAGAGGUUGUGCGUAGUCUGAACCUCUUCAGCGUCAGUGAUGCUAAGCUCCACUGGCAAUCCGAGGGCGCCUACCUGUGCGUCAAGGUGGACCGCCACUCCAAGUCGAAGAAGUCGCAGGCCACGACGCUUGAGAUUUUCCGUGUCAAGGAGAAGGGCGUGCCCGUGGAGGUUGUCGACAUCAUCAAGGAUACCGUCAUAAACUUUGCUUGGGAGCCUAAGGGCGAUCGUUUCGCCAUCAUCACCACAACAGAGCCUGUGGCCGCAACAGCGGUGGCACCCAAGACAGCAGUCGCUUUCUUCUGCCCCGAAAAGGCCAAGGGUCUAGUCGCAGGUAACUUUAAGCACCUGCGCACGCUAGACAAGAAGAAUAGCAACGCCAUUUACUGGUCACCCAGAGGCCGCUUCGUUGUCAUUGCCACGAUUGGCAACCAGCAGAGCUCAGAUCUCGACUUCCUCGACCUCGAUUUUGAGGGUGAAAAGCCCGAGUCCGACAAAGACCUGACGGCUAACCUGCAGCUGAUGAACACUGGUGACCACUACGGAGUGACGGACAUAGAGUGGGAUCCCUCGGGUCGAUUUGUGGCCACCUGGGCAUCUGCCUGGAAGCACUCGAUGGAAAAUGGCUAUCACAUUUACGACUUCCGUGGAGAGGUUCUGAGAGAAGAGCCUGUGGAAAAAUUCAAACAGUUCCAAUGGCGGCCGCGUCCACAGACACUACUCACCAAGGAGGAGCAGAAGCAAGUGCGUAAGAAUCUGCGCGAAUACAGCCGGGUAUUUGAGCAAGAGGAUGCCGACCGUGGUGCGUCUGCCGACUUGGCCGUGGUGGAGUCACGCCGUCAAAUGCUCGAGGAGUGGCACGCGUGGCGCGCGGACGUAGAAGAGGAGAUGUACGAGGAGAGAGAGGCCCUGGGCCUGGACCAAGACCCUCACGCGGCGCUGCUGGCGGCCAAGACGAGGGAGGUCGAAGGCGGGGAGGAUUCGGAGAACAACGAGCGUACUAUCGAAGAGAUUGUGGAGGAGGUUAUAGAGGAGACGGAAGAGAUUGUCGUUUAA